AUGGAUGAUACCGUGGAUGAUAUAAAUGUUGAUGGUUUUGAGUUGAAGCCUGGACCGAGCGACACCUCUGUAUUGCAUUUACAAGCUGAACAUAGGUCUUCUACUACAUGGAAUAUGGGUGGUGGGGAUGUGUUGAGAUCGAGGGUUCGUAACCCUAGCAGCAGUAGAUUCCCUUCGUUACAUUCUCGGAUGGUUCCACUACUCAGAGAUGUGGGAUUUGAUGGAGUUGCGAGGCUGACAAGCAUCCAUAUAGACUGGAGUCUAGUUACAGCGUUAGUGGAGCGCUGGAGGCCAGAGACACAUACGUUCCACUUACCGGUAGGAGAAUGCAGUAUUACUUUACAGGACGUCAGUGUAAUUCUUGGAUUACGUGUUGAUGGUUGUGCAAUUACCGGUUCUACGGAAUUCAUAGGUGGUUGGGGUACCCUUGUUGAGAGUAUUUUUGGUAAAGCUCCUGCAAAGCAAGAUUUAGAUGGUGGCAGGUUAAAGUUGAAUUGGUUGACAAAUUUACUUCCAGUACUUUCUGCUGAUGCAAACGAGGACGAGCUCAUUCGAUAUACACAAUCUUAUAUGUUGCAACUAAUCGGAGGUAUACUUUUCACGGAUCAUCAAGGAUCACAAGUCCAUUGUAUGUUCCUGCCUUUGAUUCAGAAUUUGGAUCGUGCUAGAACAUUAUCUUGGGGUUCUGGUGUGCUUGCGUACCUGUACAGAGAAUUGUGCAAGCUAUGGGCAUGGACAAGACUUCCUACUCUUGCUCCAAUUCCUCGUGGUCCGUAUGUGGACAAUCGGGAGAUAUGGGGUGAUCUUCCCGGGCCAUUUGGAUUGAGGUAA